GUUUCCGGGAGGCAGCGCUGCUGAGAGGAGAUCAGUCGGUGCUGAGUGUGUGUCUGCUGAACCGGCCAUGGACGACUUCAGCACCAGGACGUAUGGAACCAGCGGCCUGGACAACAGACCUCUGUUCGGGGAGACCUCUGCUCGGGAUCGAAUCAUCAACCUGGUAGUGGGGGGAUUUACCUCUGUGGUUGUUCUCGUGACUGUGAUCGGUUCGUUUGUGUUCCCCUCGUUGCCUCCACGGCCGCUUAAUGUCUUCUUUGCCGUGUGCAUCCUGUUAGCCUGUGGCUCCACCAUAGUGCUGAUCUUCUGGUACCGGCAGGGCGAUCUGGAGCCUAAAUUCAGGAACCUGAUCUAUUACAUGCUGAUGUCCAUCGUGCUGCUGUGUCUAUGUGCCAACCUCUACUUCCAUGACGUCAGGUAAAGACGAGGGUGAGGAGGAUGAGGAAGAAGAAGGGAAGACAUGGCCUUGACAGACGGAAACACAUGUGGAAGGACUAAAUGAAGGACGGAACAUGUGACCAAAAAAACUUCACACACUAACUUGAAUGAAUUUCCUUGGACCCACAGAGGACCGACCAAAACCAGUGAGACUUGAUGGUUCCAGUGGGAUAAAAACUGUCAUGUUGGUGCCGAAUCAUGCACACACACACACUCACACGUAGAAAUCAUGAUGUACUGUAAGAGGCCAUAAAUCUGCCUGGAGACACUGCUGGAGGACGAACUUUGAGACAAACAGGUGUGUUUACAUGCACGUAAGCAUCAGUCUUCAUCUUUAUCUGCAGUCGUGUCCUUCAGUUUACAACGGGUUUGAUCUGAUGGGGAUUUAAUGAAGCAGCAGUUAAAGGAAAAAUCCGCCCUCUCAUCUCUCCUGCUCCCGUCUGUGAGUUCACUGCUUAUAAAUUUGGUCUUUUCAUGUUUUUCUUUGCCCCCAAGCAGCUGAUUAACUCUAUUUAUACCUUUAAACAGUAAGACACAAAUCACGUUCUAUUCUUAGCAUCACUUCCGACCAAAUUUGUGACGACAACUUCACAAUCAAAGGCUGCUCCGAUGACACGCCUCCUAAACCUCCAUCUGGACAGAAUUAACUUCGCAGGUGGAGGUGGGGAUGAAAUAUUCUUCAGUAUCACAGUAAUCCAGUGAUAGCUGCAGCCAGAAGCUGAACACAGCUAAUAUGGCAGCUAAUUUACUGAACAGCAGAAUGAGAACAGCAGCACCGACCUGUAUCUGACAUGACAACUGCACCUUUGAUGCUUUUACAGGGUUUAACUUCUGGGAAGUAAUUUUUUCCCAGAAAGCCUUUUUUGUCGGUGCGAGCAGGUUUUCAUCCACUAAAUCAGCAAAAACGUUUUUUCAACUUCCUCUAUUUUCACACAGAAGAAAAAAAAAAAAAGCAGAAGCAGAAGAUUUAAAUCCAGUCCAAAUGGACCUUUGGCCAAAGUCUGAUGACGCAGCUGUGUGCGUUUUGUUUGUUCUUGUUUGCAGCCUGAACGCGUUGUUGUCUUCUGGAGGUUAAUCUGGUCGAGCUGCUGGUGUUAACAGAUUUUAACAGGGUGGAUUUUUCCUCUUAACCAGGGUGAAAGUUAUGAGCAUGUAAACACACUGAAGGAAGCAGGAGGGCGGAGCCUCCUCUUCCCUUCAGUACUGUGGACUAGUACAAACUAGCUGACACGGCAAUAGCACAAGCAGCAUCAGGGUUCUGUGGCAAAUAUAUGCAACAGUUUGUAUGUUUUCUUUUUUCUGUCUGUUUUCUUCUUUUCUGCUUUUUCAGCUUAUCUGAUUAUCUGAUUAUCAUGGUUGGAUUUAAUUAAUUUCCAAAUCAAGUCUUGGAUAAGAAGAUUUUUUUUUAAAUUAGAUUUAAAUACCGAAUUACACUGACUGACUGCCAAUUCUUGCACUAAGCGUGGCUGAAUUACACUUUUGUCUAAGCCAUACAUGCACACAGACACACACUCAGGCCAGCUGUAGCACCACUUUCCACGUCGCUUUACACUGAAGCUGCACGCAGAAAUCUGUAAAGGUUUCCGUAUCAUGCUGAUGUGUCUGCCAUGUAAAGUUUGCAAUGUUAAUUCUGCUUUUUACAAAUCUGAGCUGAGCUUCUGGGCGUCCGUCGUACAAAGUAGCUUUAAGCUGCCGUUUUUACAUCAGGAUGAGUUAGAAUCAUGGAGCAUGUGCUGUUGUAGGUCUGUUUUAGCUCGACACAUUCACGAUGUUAAAACACUGAGGUCACACACGGAGGUUUUUCAAACACACCGAAGCACCAGAAUGACUGUGAUUCUUAAACUGAGCACUAUGGUAAAGUCAUUCAGACCCUGUAGAUUCACCCGCUCUGCUCGAACCGAGAGACUGGCCAAAGAAAAGUAGAGCUAUCAAAGUUUAGAUCUUAGAGAAAAGGGCUGCUGUUAUUUUAUAUUCAGUCCAUAAUGACCAGGUCAUGUUUGUUGAUGGUAAGAAGAAUAUAAAAUAUCAGCAGGCUUUUCCUUCCUUCAGGCUUUCUCUCCUCUUUAAUGUAAAACUUCAUGCAAGUUGUAGCUUUAACCUGUAAACAGCACUGACAGCUUUGUUUACAGGUGAUACGCAGUGAAGCGCAGUGGUAAACUGAGUGAACAUAUAACUGACGACACGGUAACAAGGAGCUGAGUGCAAAGAAACCUCCAUGAGAAGAGCCAACCUCGCCACGACUGUAGGACUGUCAGAGCCAGGUGUUUCUUUUUUAUUUAAUAUUUUAUGGAAUAAAUAACUGUGUGCCCUGA